CCGGCAGCGGCCUGAGAAGAGAACGAGUGGGCAGGCGGCGGCGGCGGGGCAGAACCGAGCUGGGGGCCUGGUCCUUGGAGGCCGGUCGGGUCGCGCGGCUCUGCUGGAGGCCAUGGUGCCGGCGGAGUUCCGGGCGAUCCCCAGGUGAGGGCGGCGGCUCGGCCCGGGGACUGCAUAGCGGCAGGACGGGUCGGGUGCGGGGUGGAGAGGAGAGGAUGCUGCCCGCACUGCGCCCCGGUGGCACCGUGAGCGGCCGCAGCGGCGAGCCCGGCGCGGCGAGGCGAGGCGGCGGCGCGGGCCGCUAGUAGAGUCGCCUGGCGGCGCGGCCUCGGAGUAUGCGAGGCGCCCCGACAGCCAGGAAACAGAGCUGCCCGUUCCAGUCUCCCUGGAGCUCCUUCUCCUUGCUCCGCGGAGCCAAUCUGCGCGGAAAGAUGCCUUGCACCUGUACCUGGAGGAACUGGAGGCAGUGGAUUCGACCUUUGGCGGUAGUCGUCUACCUGGUGUCCAUAGUGGUGGCGGUGCCCCUGUGCGUGUGGGAGCUGCAGAAACUGGAGGUUGGAAUACACACUAAGGCUUGGUUCAUUGCUGGAAUCUUUUUGCUGUUAACUAUACCUAUAUCACUCUGGGUGAUAUUGCAACACUUAGUACAUUAUACACAACCUGAACUACAAAAACCAAUUAUAAGGAUUCUCUGGAUGGUACCCAUAUACAGUUUAGAUAGUUGGAUAGCUUUGAAGUAUCCCAGCAUCGCCAUAUAUGUGGACACCUGCAGAGAAUGUUAUGAAGCUUAUGUGAUUUACAACUUUAUGGGAUUCCUUACCAAUUACCUAACCAACCGGUAUCCAAAUUUGGUACUAAUCCUUGAAGCCAAAGAUCAACAAAAACAUUUUCCUCCUUUAUGUUGCUGCCCACCAUGGACUAUGGGAGAAGUAUUGCUGUUUAGGUGCAAACUUGGUGUAUUGCAGUAUACAGUUGUCAGACCAUUCACCACUAUUGUUGCUUUCUGUUCUAUCAUUUGUAGGAUCUGUGAGCUGCUUGGUGUAUAUGAUGAAGGGAACUUUAGUUUUUCAAAUGCUUGGACUUAUUUGGUUAUAAUAAAUAAUAUGUCACAAUUGUUUGCCAUGUACUGUCUCCUGCUAUUUUACAAAGUACUGAAGGAAGAACUGAGUCCAAUCCAACCUGUUGGCAAAUUUCUUUGUGUAAAGCUAGUGGUUUUUGUUUCUUUCUGGCAAGCAGUAGUUAUUGCUUUGUUGGUAAAAGUUGGCGUUAUUUCUGAAAAGCAUACGUGGGAAUGGCAAACUGUAGAAGCUGUGGCUACAGGACUCCAGGACUUCAUUAUCUGUAUCGAAAUGUUCCUCGCGGCUGUAGCUCACCACUACACUUUCUCGUAUAAGCCGUAUGUCCAAGAAGCAGAAGAGGGCUCGUGCUUUGAUUCCUUUCUUGCCAUGUGGGAUGUUUCAGAUAUUAGGGAUGAUAUUUCCGAACAAGUAAGACAUGUCGGAAGGACAGUCAUGGGACAUCCUAGGAAAAAAUUCUUCCCCGAGGAUCAAGAUCAAAAUGAACAUACAAGCUUGUUAUCAUCAUCAUCACAGGAUGCAAUUUCUGUGGCCUCCUCUGUGCCACCUUCACCUGCAGGUCACUACCAAGGAUUUGGACACACUGUGACUCCCCAGACCACACCUACGACAGCGAAGCUAGCUAAUGAAAUAUUUAGUGACAUUACAGAAGACAAGAGAGAACCUUCAGAUAAAUCUGUGGCCUCCUGAAGAGUAUGUGAAAGCAAACUGUGUUACCAUAUUACUUACUACUUGGUGUCCCACUGUUCAGGAUUGUGUGGUUGGGACAAGGCAUAAGUGAUGGAAACUUUCAACAGAAAGGCGAACACCAGGUAAAAGUACUGAGUUUAUAUAACUAAGUUUUGUAUGUCACCAGUAGUCUAAAUAUCCUAAACUUAGAUUUGCUUUCUUAACAUUUAGAGUAUCAUAUGCUCAAAUGGUAGGAAAUGACUCCAUUAAAGGUUCAUGAUUUUACAUUGCUUCAAGAGGAUUAACAUUUAAAAGACACUUCCUAGCACUGCUGCAUGAAUAUAAUGCUCUGGAAUUAGCAGAAGUAUGAUUUAGAAAUAUGAGCUAGAGGGACUUAAUCAUGUGCCAUAUAUACUUACAUUAAGUUAUUUCUCUAUUCCUCAACUGGUUGUCUCAAUAAAUAAGAACCUAUCAUUUA